CUCCCCCUUCCUCCAUAGGCGGUGCCCAGCCUUGUCUCGAUCGUUCGCGCUUAAUGUGCUCGAGUAGGUUUGUCCUUUGCGGGGUGCCGUCCCUGAAGGCCGGGGGGACGCGUCAGUCUGGCAGGGAGGGAGCGGCCGGGUCAGAGGGGGCGAGAGAGACGCGGAGCGGCGCCGGCAGCGGUUGGAGGUAGCCGGAGGGGGACGGAUGGCGGCAGCGGCGGCAGGAGCGGCGGCAGCGGCGGCCUACGCGAGCCUCAAGCUGCAUGUAACCCCCGAGAAAUUCUAUGUGGAAGCUUGUGAUGAUGGAGCUGAUGACGUGCUUGCUAUUGAUAGAGUCUCCACCGAAGUCACUCUUACAGUUAAGAAAGAUAUUCCCCCUUCAGCUGUUACAAGGCCUAUAUAUGGUAUUUUGGGAACAAUCCGAUUGGUGGCAGGCACAUAUCUCAUUGUAAUAACAAAAAAGAAAAAAGUAGGUGAGAUUUUCAGUCAUGCGAUCUGGAAAGCAACAGACUUUGACAUCCUCUCCUACAAAAAGACCAUGCUGCAUUUAACUGAUAUUCAGUUGCAGGACAAUAAGGUAUUUUUAUCAAUGAUUAGUCAUGUCUUGAGUGUGGAUGGAUUUUACUUCUCAACAACAUACGACCUAACACACACUCUGCAACGGUUAGCCAACACUAGCCCAGAGUUCCAGGAAAUGAGCCUCCUAGAGAGGGCAGACCCACGGUUUGUGUGGAAUGGGCAUCUUCUUAGAGAAUUUGCUGCUCAACCAGAGAUCCAUAGGUUUGCUACACCAGUGAUGCAUGGAUUUAUCACUAUGCACUCUUGUUCUAUUAAUGGAAAGUGUUUUGACUGGCUGCUUGUUUCCAGAAGAAGCUGUUUCAGAGCUGGUGUACGCUACUAUGUAAGAGGUAUUGAUUCAGAAGGACAUGCAGCUAAUUUUGUUGAAACAGAACAAAUUGUGCAUUACAAGGGGAGCAAAGCGUCAUUCGUUCAGACCCGUGGAUCGAUUCCUUUCUUCUGGUCUCAAAGACCAAACCUCAAGUAUAAACCAAAGCCACAGAUCAGCAAGUCUGUAAAUCACAUGGAUGGUUUCCAAAGACAUUUUGACUCGCAAAUAAUUAGUUAUGGAAAGCAAAUGGUUGUUAACUUGGUGAACCAGAAGGGUUCAGAGAAGCCUCUUGAGCAGACGUUUGCAAAAAUGGUGAACAGCAUGGCAAAUGGAAUGGUCAGAUAUAUAGCAUUUGACUUCCAUAAAGAGUGCAGUCGAAUGAGGUGGGAUCGACUUCAUAUUUUGAUGGAUCAAUUGGCAGAGCAGCAAGACGAAUUUAGUUAUUUUCUAGUUGAUUCCGAUGGUAAAAUUGUGACUCAGCAGGAAGGAAUAUUCCGUAGUAAUUGCAUGGACUGCCUUGAUCGGACUAACGUGAUUCAGAGCUUGUUAGCACGCAGAUCUCUUCAAGCCCAGCUUCAGAGACUAGGUGUUCUGCAUGUUGGACAGAGAAUUGAAGAGCAAGCAGACUUUGAGAAAAUCUACAAAAAUGCAUGGGCUGAUAAUGCUAAUGCUUGUGCCAAACAAUAUGCUGGAACUGGUGCCUUAAAGACAGAUUACACAAGAACUGGGAAAAGAACUCAGUGGGGCUUAAUUAUGGAUGGCUGGAACUCAUUAAUACGUUACUACAAAAAUAACUUUUCUGAUGGAUUUAGACAAGAUGCUAUUGAUCUUUUUCUUGGUAAUUAUUCAGUGGAUGAAGUAGAACCUGCUAGUCCUCUACAUGUCAAGAAAGACUGGAAGUUCUUAGCUUUGCCUAUUAUUAUGGUGGUUGCUUUCUCUAUGUGCAUUAUUUGUUUGCUAAUGGCUGGUGAUACAUGGACUGAGACACUGGCCUAUGUGCUGUUCUGGGGAAGUGCAAGCUUUGGAACUUUUGCUAUCAUCCUUUACAACGGCAAGGAUUUUGUAGAUGCACCCAAACUGGUCCAGAAAGAGAAGAUGGACUGAAUUUGUGUGUGUGGAAAGCGGCUUGGUACAGAGGAUUCCUCAAGCCACACCUGGAGUCUCUACUGACCUGCUUUCCACACUGAACAGUGGUCUUUUUAAUGUUCAUCCUUGGCAGCACGGGGAGAAAGUAAAUCGUUGUUUUUGGCGGUAGCUUUCAGCUGAGAUCUGAUUCUACAGUCUUAGUUACAAUGGUCUCUGGAAUAUUGCAUUAGCAGAGGAGGCUCCACCUUUACCAAGAUAAUUCAAAGAUAAAAGCCAGCUUUGUGGUAUCUGAUAUGUUACGAGAUAUAAAUGGACUGGAUAAGUUCACAGUCCAUUUGGGUAGAUUCAGCUAAAUCUCUGAUCUCUGGCUUGACAGGAGAGAGCUCUGAUUCUGUUCAUGUGUCAACAUACCCAGAUGUUGAAGUAUUAAUAAGAGGUGUCUAAUCAUGUUCUUUGAGCAAAUAUGGCUUCAUACCAAUAACUUGUUCUCAGAUUUACAGCUGGAUUACAUUUGUUGUAAUUAAAAUCCACAUUAAGGAGUCCUUUGUGCAUAUUUAUGUAUUUUUCACUAAAUAUAAAGGAGUGUUGAAUCCUAAUGCUUCUCUUCUAAAAUGAGCUUUGCGUCCUGUCUUAUCUAGGACUGAUGCAAUAUUCUACUAAUCAUUGUUUGGGUGAAAGGACAGUGUAUUUGGAUGCUUCUGAAGUUGCAAAUGUCUUGCACUGUUUCAAUACUGCAGUCUUCAGAUGAUGAUUCAUUAGUUAGUGAGUUAAGAUAUAGAAUCUUCUCUCUAAAGAUGUAAAUGAAAUCCAAGAAUGUAAACUCCUUUGCUGUGUUUAUUGAACCCUACUUAUGCUAAAGGUCCAAAGUACACCACUAUUUUAAGAACGGUCAGAAGAUAAAAGAUGAACUUCAUAUUGUUUUGCUGGUGAGCUGCUUCUAUAUUUUUUUGGUUAUGUUGGAAUAAUUUAUGGAAGAAGGAAUAACAACCUGAGGAGAAAGUGUUAGGCUAAACUCCAUGUUUGCACUUGGAAGCAACAGCUUGCUUUUCAUGCAUGAUGUUGUAACACUCUUUAAAAAAAAAAAAAAAACAAAAACAAAAAACUAAGCUACAAAAUAAUUUGUGCUGGUUAACAAUAAAUGUGUGUCUUUAAACUUAGUGCUUCCAAGCUGUAUAAAAAUAAGUAAUCCUAAUCAAGGACCAAUUUUAAACUAUUUUGUCACUUAUUUUGUAUGGUUUGUUCAAAACCAGACAUGAAACUUGCUUAAGGCGCUGUGCAUUGUUUAAUAUUUCCUGUAAGUACAGCUGUAUAUUCAGAUUGUGAUUAUAAAGUUUAAAUGGGGAAAAGGGAGAAACAUGUAGAAUACUAGGGCUAGCACAGUUGUCACUAUGGAAGCUAGAACACAAAACACUGAUACUGCAGUGUUUCAUUGUGUUAUGACUGAAAAUAUGUACAGAUUUUUGCAAUUGUUAACUGUUCAUUUUAACCUUGAAUGUUUCUGGAGGCCUCUCUGGGUUUUGUUUAAAUGUAAUCUGUUCAUAAGCACUAGUAAUUGCAAAGUAUCUGUUUGCUUUUAGAUGCUGUAAUGGAAAUACCAGUUGAAAUGGUUAACUGGAAAAUCCUCUAACUUAAAAUUUUCAGACAUGAACUCCAUAAUGGAUAUAAUGUAUAAGAACAUCAUAGACUAAAUAUCUAAAAGUACUGGGUUUUUAUGGCUCACUGGCAGGUGGCAUUUGAAACUUGGUUUAAUUGUCUUGCAGUCUAUAACUAGAUAUUUGCGUCUUCGGUGAAGAACUUGUUGCAGCAAAGACCAAACUUGAAUUGCUAGUAUAAACAUGUUGUAAGACAUAGAAUAAUGUAGAUUUUCGAAGUUGGAAGGCAUCUGUAUUUCAGUGCUUUGCAAAGAGUCUGUAUUUCUAAAAUCACAAAUGGUGUACUCAUAAAUGACAAUAAAAUGUCCAACUUUUCUAUA